UUUGAAGAUCCAGAACGGAAGUUUGUUGAAAGUCGUUUCUCUUCUUCGCUGGUUUACGACUUCAGUUGAGGUCGGCGUGUUUGUUAGUAGUAAUGGACAAUUAGUAUUAGUUUUAUAUAGGUUUUGAACUAUGGAAUGCUUCUCAGACUCUUUCUUAUUUUGUCUACCGGCAUGCAUGCGGCCCGUCGAUGACCUCGCUCGUCUGGAACGGUCCUAACCGUUAAAAUACACCGUAUUACCUUUAAACUCUUGAAUUGUAUCAUGUGAAGAAGUCAUUGGAAACCACUGCAAUCUUUGAACAUAAUGCUGUCACAGAUCAGAGGGACUUGGCCUCUGAUUGGAUGCUGGUCUGGCGUUCGCAUGUGUCAAACUGGAGCAAGGACCAAAUCCAGCUCAAGUGGACUGUUCAUAGGCUCUGGGUUAGUCCUCCAGUCCCGCUCUACUGAUGUACACCAUAACCUGGCUCUGGAGGACUGGAUUGAUGCCAACGUGGACCUGCAGCAUUGUAGCAUCCUGCUGCUGUGGAGAAACAGGGCAGCUGUGGUCAUUGGACGCCAUCAGAAUCCUUGGACUGAGUGCAAUCUGCCAGCCAUGCAGAGGAUGGGUAUCCCGUUGGCCCGCAGGCGAAGCGGGGGUGGGACGGUCUACCAUGAUCUUGGAAACCUCAAUCUGACAUUCUUCACCUCCAAGAAAGCGUACGACCGGAAGAGGAACCUUAAGGUCAUCACUGAGGCUCUGAGACAGGUUAGACCUGGACUGGAUGUUCAGGCCACAGACAGAUUUGACAUUUUACUCAAUGGACACUACAAGAUCUCAGGAACUGCGUCCAGACUGAGCAAGAAGUCAUCCUACCAUCACUGCACCCUGCUUUACUCUGCUGAACGCUCAGUGCUGACUACUGUUCUUAACCCCUCUCACUUCGGCAUCCAUAGCAAUGCAACGCCCAGCGUCCCCUCACCUGUCGCCAACCUCCAGGACUAUGUCCCCUCACUCCAGUGGGAGGAGCUGCUGGACGCACUGGUGCAUCAGUACAAUGCAGAGUUUGGCUUCAACUCUGCACUGAACCUUGUUGAUCCUGCUGAUGAAUCCGUAUUUCCUGGUCACCAAAAAUUUGCAUCAGAGCUGCAAAGCUGGGACUGGAAAUUUGGUAAAACUCCCAUGUUCAGUGUCCACACCUUCCUGGAACUGAAAGACAAUCAAUCCUUGGCUCAAACAAGGGCAAAGCUACACAUGGAGAUAAAGAACGGGCUUAUUGGGAGCUGUGAGCUGGACAUCCCUGCAGACUGGCUUCCUAAGCGCCUGAGCGGUGAACUCAGUGCCCUGCUGGUCGGUGAGAGGUUUUGUCCCCAUCGAGCAGCUGCAGCUCUUUCUGCUCUGCUGCGGUUUGAGAGUGGAGAUCUGAAAGACAGACUGCACAACCUGUGUGAUGCUGUACUGUCUGUGAUGGGAUGAAUUUAAAGUGUAUGGAAUGUGAUUUGUAACAGAGCACAGGUCUGUCGUCACUACAAUAUAAAGUUUACUGAACCGAUCAACAUUGUGAUCGAUUCAAAGCACAAUCUGACUGACAACUUCUAAAAUAGAUUUUAUGUUAUGUGAUGCAAUUUACAUCGGUACUGAUUUUAAAUCUACCGUAGCAAAGAAGAUAGAGGUUGUAUUACUUGUAUUACUUAUGUAUGUUAUGUCAUCAAUCUUAAUAUAUAAAACAGCACCAAAGAACCGCAGUCGGCCAAAGCGCUGCUCACUAACCUGAAGACAAAUAAAACAGAAGAAUAACAGGGAAUAUUUGAACUGAGCUAGAUGUGAGUCCCAGCCUGAGGUGCAGCGCAACGCCAGCUACCGCCUGGUUCUGCUUGAAUGGAGUCUACGCUAGGUUACAUGAAGCCGUAGACGCGUUUGACAUGAGCAGGUCCUGCGGAUCUUCCACCGGCUGUUCACGCAGGUCGGCUCCUACUCUGACGCCUGAAGUUACGACACAGCGCCGCGCUGCAGAAGAUUUCUGACAUAGAAGGACAUCAAACUCUGUCGGUAUUUCCUGGAACCAAACAUCCAGGUUUGAGAAAACUACCUCUGUAUUUUGUAUUUGUACGUACCUGUAAUUGUAUUAAAAACAUAAAAACUA